ACAACCUUUCUAAUCCCCCUUUCUGCGCAAUGUUUUGACACUUCACGUACCAAACUGUGUCAAAACUGUCAAUAUUUUUUACAUAACAAACCCAACAAAUUAUAAUUUUAUCAUUUUCCAGCAUGAUUCGCUUCAGUAAUCAAAACCGAUUGUUGUGUUCGCGGUAAUGAUCAAGUGAUUAAUGAGUAUGGUUGAGUAAUAAUUUAAUCGAGUAGCGACAAUGGAGUUAAAGCAAGAUGAAGAGACGCAAAAUCAAAUCCUCUUAGAAGAAACAUUUUACGUACUAACGAAGAAGCAUUGCGUGUUUAAGGUGCGACUUACCAAAACUGGCUUAUGUCUGAUUAAAGAAAGUGAACACAACAUCAAGGAACAAGUGAUCCCGAUUCGAGAUGUGAUCGGUUGCAGGUGUCUUCGAAGCAAGAAGCAGUCAAAACACUGUACUUGCCAGUCAAUUCCCAGAUCAAAUAGCUUAGAAGUAGUUGAAGAGAGUUCUUUAGAAUUAGAUGACGAGGAUACCAGUGCAUACCUGUACAUUUAUGCAUACAUAUUCCAAUCAACAAAGGGCACUAGCAAAAAGAGAGAACGUACAAUCAUCACACUCCGCUUUAGAUCUUUUGAUAAAUAUGAGGACAACAACAAAGAAGCACAAAAAUGGAGGACAGCAAUAAAAAAAUUAGUCAGAGGUGAGACAGUAACAAAUAGGAGCAUAUCAGAUUUCACAUUGAGUCUUAAACAUAGAGAAACAAGAAAGCUCUUAAUUUUGUGCAAUCCAAAGAGUGGAGCUGGAAAAGGGAAAUACAUCUUCCAAGAAAAGGUAGUGCCAAUUUUACAGGAGGCUGAGGUGCCUUUUGAUUUGUUUAUGACCAAACAUGCCAAUUUUGCAAGAGAUUUUGUGAGAACAAAUAACUUGUAUCAAUGGACUGGAAUUGUAGUGGUAGGAGGUGACGGCAUAGUGUUCGAGGUGAUAAACGGAAUAUUUGAGCGCAGCGAUUGGUCAGAAGUGAUCCGGAACAUACCAGUAGGUGUAGUGCCCGGCGGAUCUGGCAAUGGUCUGGCUAGGAGCAUCGCGCACCAUUGUAGUGAGCCAUACAUGCCCCAUCCUACGCUCCCCGCGGCCCUGGCAGCUGUCAAGGGCCGGUGUGUGCCAAUGGACCUCGUCAGAGUAGAAACUAGGUCACAAAUACUAUUUUCCUUUCUUUCCGUGGGAUGGGGCUUACUUUCAGACAUAGACAUAGAGAGUGAAAGGCUCAGAAUGUUCGGCGGACAACGAUUUACCAUAUGGUCGGUAGCUAGGCUGAUAGGUUUGCGAAGUUAUGGAGGGAAAGUUUGGUACCUACCAUCAGAUGUACCUCUAUCGCGCUCGGAAAAAUUUGAAUUCACCGGUAGCAAUUUGGAUUUACCCGCUGAGAUGCAUCUGGAAACUGAGUCAGUUUCCAAAAACAAAAGACGAUUGGUGCCAAGUAGCAUCGGAUUUUAAAAAUCAAUGGCAGUUUAUAAAUUGUGGGGGAGCCCUUGACGGGAAGCAUAUACGCAUUGUUCCGCCUCCUCAUUCGGGAGCUCAAUAUUACAACUACAAAAACUUUUAUAGCAUCGUUCUACUAGCGCUUGUAAACGCAAAUUAUGAAUUUAUUUACAUCGAUGUUGGGAAAAAUGGAAGACAUUCCGAUGGAGGAAUUUUGGAGUACACAGAAUUUUAUGAUAAAUUGACAAAAGGUCAAUUACAUUUGCCGAAUAAUGAUGAAACGGAGAAACAUCUUAAUUACGUUUUCUUAGGCGAUGAAGCAUUUUCACUGCACGAAAAUUUUUGAAACCGUAUCCUCAAAGAGAUCUAUCAUUGGAAAAUAGAGUUUUUAACUACCGUUUAUCCCGUGCACGCAAUGUUGUUGAGAAUACUUUUGGUUUACUAGCUGCACGUUUUCGAGUUUUACACACAGCCAUACACAUUACCGAUCCACAAAAUAUCACCUACGUGGUUUUGGCUAUUUGUGCUUUGCACAAUUUUCUUAUAAGACGCACGACUUCUUAUGCACCUCCCAGAUCGUUUUAUCACGAAGAUUUGGCGACUCACGAAUUACAAAUGGGUGAAUGGCGGAAUAGCAGUACCGAACUUACCAGUUUACGAACAAGUACGCAAAAAAAUGUAACAAUAAACGCUAAAAGUAAUCGCGAGAAGUACAAACAAUAUUUUAAUUUGGAAGGAAAAGUUCCGUGGCAACUUGACAUGAUAAAGAAAGGAAAAGCUUAAUUUAUAUUAUUAUAACUCGCCUGUGUUAAUAAAUUUUUUUUUACGCCUGUCUGUGUUUUCUUGUAAUUCAGUAUCCUGAGAUUCACUUUCAUUAUUAUGCUCUUGUAGUAUUUGGCAUUCAUUAUUCUCUGCAUGUUCUCCUGCCCCAUUGUCACAUCCUGCCUCUAAUUCGUCCGUAUCCAUAUUGCUUAUACUAGCGGUUGGUAUUUCCUGAUCACUGGUAAAUAACAAUAGGUCGUAGUACCAUAAAGUGGGUAUGUAGACAUCAUCUGCCCCAGCUCCACUUCGCAUUGAUUCUGCCAGCUUUUUUACUUCCUUGCGAAAAGAACCUCUGAAGCUUUGAAUCUUUUUUAUAACAUAGUCUUUAUUUGCCUCAGGAAAAAUGGUUUUGCAGACCUCUACCAAUUUCUCGUAAGCUUUAUUUUUUAGGUUUUUAUUUGUAUAGUCUUUUGACCUGACCUUCCAUAGACACGGAUACGAUUUAUAAACUUCAAUAAAAUGCCUUAUAAACUCUUUCGACCAGUACCUACUGUCUCCCAUGGC